UUCUCCACAAUGACCACAGAAAAGAAACAAGUUGACCUAGGUGCAGAGUACUUUGCAUGGAAGAAGGUAUAUGAAAGAGAAAAACGUUUCUUUUACAUCAGAACAAAAUUUGUUCCCAACCUCAAAGCUGAAUGCAUCACUGGAAAGUUUUAUUCCAACCAUGAUGUUAUGCAGAAAAAUGAUGCAGAUCAAAAUUUUGUUAAUAUGAUCGAAACAGAAAGCACAAAGGGGCCCAAAGAUAGAAGUGAACAUCCUGCUACAGAAAACCAACGUUAUGGGUGGUAUCCAGAUCUUCAACCUGUACAGAAAAAUGAUCCUCGAUUGUACCGUGCACAUCGCAAGUCACAUAUCACGUGGCUAGCAGAACAAAUCCUUUUAGGAACACGAGAUAUACCUAAGCCUCCGCCAUUCACCGGAAUUCCUUUUAAAACAUAAAACAAAUUGAUUAA